AUGAUAAAUUUUGAUAUAAAUAUCAGACAACUUGAGAAAAUAUCAACAAAUAUCUUAGUUCCCUUGACUACUACAGAGGCCAAACAAAAAAAUAAAAAUGAAAUCUGUUAUCUUUUUCGCCAUUUUGGCUUUUGCCUUUGCCUGCGUUUUGGCCUGUGAUCCCGAUGGCAAUAAUCAACCUGAAUGUACUGCCAAAAAUGUAAAUGUACCCGUUCGUAACUUCUGGGAUCCCACACACUAUUGGUUGUGUAAAUCUGCUGGUGCCACUGCUGAAUCCGUACGUUGUCCCGAUGCUGAGGGUUUCGAUUCUGCUAAGGGUGCUUGCGUUCCCUUCGAUCAAUGGCAAUGGACUGAACCCUGCCCUUCUGCUUAAAAAUAAUGAAAAUUUGUUAAAGUUCAUAAAUAAAUGGCAAAACGUUUGUAAAUCUAA